AUUUUAAUUUGCCAUUUUAAGAAAUUAAAAUCUAUAUUUACUUAUGCAUAAAUUGCUGUCGAUUUUAGUUGUUUUUUUUAAAUAAUAUAAAAGUUGUGAAAUAGUUUAGGUGUGAUACGAAAAUUCAUCAGAAAUAAUAAACCGCUUGGAAUUAUUAUCAACGGCGUCAUCAAUAUAAGUAUAUAUAUAUAUAUAUAGAUAUAUAUAUAUUCAUGGAAAUUGUCACAAUGCUUGUGAUGAAAGGUUAAAAAAUUGGGAUUUUGUAUAAUGCGCAAAACCAACUUCGCCGAAGAAUUCCUGUAUUUUUCUCUGAAAUGCUACAUUUCUGAGGGUCCACUAAUACAGUUUCAUUUACGUUCAACAAAAUGAGUGAUGUUGUUUCAAAGCAAGAUUCAAGAUCGCAGGAUCGUUUAAAGGGGAAAUUGAGAAAGCAUAAAAAUUCAAGUUCAUCGAGCGCAAGUGGCUCGGGAUUAUCGCCAAAACGUCGUAACGCCUGCAGUAAGGAUAAACGUAAUAAAUCAAAACAACGACGUGCAAGUUCAUCGGGUAGUUCCAGUUCAUCAUCAACGGCAAGUCGUGGUUCAAGUUCACGAAAACAAUUAAAAUCGAAAUCCGACAAUAAUAGUGCAAUGUCACAAAAAUAUAAUCAAUCGUCGCGCGAUCGUCGCAAUGGAAUUCAAUUACAGGGUGGAGGCAGUGGUGGUCGUGACAAUUAUGUACGUGAACAACGCACCUACAGUCAACGUGAGUCGAGAUACAAAAUGGAGAGAUUCGAUCGUACAUUUUCAAAUCGGAUGUACAACGACAAUAAUCAAGGUGGAAUGAGAGGCAUGAAUUACAGACAAAGGGGCAACAUGAAUCGAAAUUAUCGUAAUUUUGAUGAUCGUCGAAUGCGUGGUGGACGUGACAUGAAUAAUCGAAAUUUCAAUAAUUUCAAUCGAUCUCAAGGCGGUAGAAUGAAUCAAUCAAUGAGUUAUGAAUAUCGUCGACGUGGCAUGUAUCAACAUCGGAAUAAUGAAGGACAAUCAUAUAUGAGAGAUCGUUAUGCGCAACGUCAAAGAUUUUCCAAAGAUCGUCCAUCGCAGGAUUAUAAUAAUUCAUAUAAAACUGAGGAAUCAUCAUCGUCACGACAAUAUGAAAAUCGCGAUAGUGCACGUUCCGAUCAAUCGUCAUCGCAUCAUCAAAUUGAAAGAAGUAGCAGUACAACGCGUGAUAAACCAAAAUCAUUAACUGAAGAUGAAUCAUCGUCACAGCAUCAUCAUCAUCAUAAUGAAUCUGAAGACAAUGUUCAAUUAAAAAAACGUUCACAUUCAUCGUCAAGUUCAUCGAGUUCAAGUAGUGAGAGUAGUAGCGAUACUGAUGAUUCAAGUUCAAGUGAUUCAAGUUCAAGUUCUGAGGAUGAAAAGAAACGUAAGAAGAGGAAAAAAAUUGCAAAAAAAUUAAAGAAAGCUGAAAAAAAACGUAAGAAGAAGAAGCUUAAGAAGAAAUUGAAAAAAAUGAAAACACGCAAAGAUAAGCCAAUUAAGGAGAAGAAAAAAGUAUCAAAAGAAAAAACAAUUGAUGAGGGUGCGGAACCAGUUGUUGUUGAUAAAUCGAAAGCAAUGGCACCAAUGACAAAAGAACAAUGGGAAAAACGACAGGGCGUUGUUCGUAAAAUGUACGAUAAGGAAUCUGGUAGACAUAGAUUAAUCAAAGGCGACGGGGAAGUUUUGGAGGAGAUUGUCAGUCGUGAUCGUCACAAGGAGAUAAAUCGACAGGCAACAAGAGGUGAUGGUGAAUUUUUUCAAGCUCAACUAAGAGUUAAUCAGUGAUGUUUCAUUAAGAAAAUAUUUUUUUUUUUUUUCCGUCUUCAUACAAUUGAAAUGAAAGUAAGAAUCAUUUUUGUUUUUUCAUAUCCAAUUUUGUUAUUUUUUAUUAUACACAGUCAUUUAACAAAUAUUGGAUUAAACGAAUUCCAUCGUUUAUACAAAUGUAA